AUGGGCGUCACCUCGGCGCUGGUCUUCGCGAACUUGGGGGCCGCCUAUGGCACCGCCAAGAGCGGCGUGGGCAUCGCCUCCAUGGGCGUCAUGCGGCCUGAUAUGAUCAUGAAGUCCAUCAUCCCAGUGGUCAUGGCAGGUGUUCUGGGCAUCUACGGGCUCAUCACAGCGGUCAUCAUCAAUGGCAAGAUGGACGCGGCCAACUACUCGGCCUACUCCGGGUAUGCCCACCUCGGCGCAGGCCUCACGGUGGGCAUGAGCUCCCUGGCCGCCGGCUUGGCCAUUGGCAUCGUGGGGGACGCCGGGGUCCGCGCCAACGCCCAACAGCCCCGCCUCUUCGUCGGCAUGAUCCUGAUUCUCAUCUUCGCUGAGGCUCUGGGCCUCUACGGGCUCAUCGUGGGCCUGGUGGUGGCGUCCACCGCCGAGGGCAAAGGCAAGGGUCUUUGCAAGCCCUAUGCCUGA